AUGGACCUUCUCGGUCUCGACGGUCUCGAAGGGUUCGACGGAGACACGCUACCUGUGGUCUCGAUCUCAGCAUCGCAGUCCCUCAACGCGUCUGCCGCUACCCGCGACCCGAUCGCGACGGGCCUGGCGCGUCUAGACGAAGCUCUAAAUGACCACCCAGACCAGCCCAAUCAAGGCGGAAUCCUGCGUGGACAUGUUACAGAAAUAUUUGGACCCCCUGGAGCCGGAAAGACCUCGUUGGCAUUAAAUAUUGCAUGUAAUGCACUACGCGACGGCAAAGUAGUCUGGAUUGAUACGGGAUGGCCCCUGCCCAGUCCCCGGCUCGAGGAAAUGUCCAUCAAACUCGAUGACUUUAUCUAUUUCCGGGCACAUACGCUGCCCCAUCUUAUAGCCCUGCUUGCAUGUCCACCAAAAGGGUUUCCACCGCCAGAAACAAACCUUAUCGUUAUCGACUCUGUGUCGAAUUUAUUCCCAGCUUACUUCCCCCACCCUCAAGAGCUCAAGGACCAGUUCGCUGAGGGCAAGAUCACCGACAAAGAACACCUGAAAUGGUUACAAAAUCGCAGAUGGAACGUUGCUGCCGAGCUAGCGACGAAACUCGCUAGACUCGCCGCGAGAAAUAUCGCCGUGUUGGCAAUUAACCAAGCCCAAACAAGAAUCAAGGGCCAGCCUCAUGCGGCUUUGCAGCCGCUCAUGUCAGGAAACGCGUGGGAGGCCAGCGUGCAGACUCGAAUUGCGGUCUAUCGUGACCUGCCAGAUGAGCGAAUCGCAGAGGUUGAGAAGCGCGCGGGUAAGUCAUUGCCCGAGCAAGCCGAGGAGCUGCUCGUUGCGUUUCGCAUUGAACCGGAUGGUCUUUAUGAAAUAGAGAGAAAGGAAUCUCUUCCCUCCGAGUCUUUGACCCCCUUGUUGAAGUCUCCCGACUUUGAGUACUAUGAUCCUCCUACUCCGACCCCUUCACCUAUAUCUUCUGUGCUAUCUUCUGCGCCUUCAUCUUCAGAAUUGGCGUCUCCGAAACUGUCACCCCCUAGACUAGCACUACCUGAACAGCCUGUGCAGACACCAAAUAAGAAACGGAAGGUGGAGGAGAUAGCUGAUAGUCAGGAUGAAGACUCCGAGGAAGAUGUCCCAUGGACAGGUGAAACAACCCUAAAUACGAAUUCAUUGUGA